UUAAAUCGACAUAAAUCGCUAGUAAACGUUACGGACCGGGAUGGAUAUAUACCAUUACAUAUUGCAGCAUACAACAAUAAUACAGACUGCGCUAAACUUCUGAUUGAAAAGACGCCGAUGUUAAUAUCGUUGACAAACAGAAAUGUUGUCCUCUACACGCCUGUUGUUUUGGAGCAUGACAGAAGUAUAGUAGCAAGAUGCUUGAUAAAAAAUGGCGCCAGGACAGAUUUGAAAAAUAUGUACGGAGAUACGCCUUUAGAGUGUUGUAUAGAUGAAAACAUGAAACAGAGUUUAUCAGAGUUUAUAAUACAAAAGUAA